CUUUUAGGAAAUAAAUACGUCAUAAAAUGGCAAUGAGAAAAGCAUUCACAGGUGGAGCAUGAGCUCCAGGAGGACAAGAGCAAACUAUGGGAAACAAUGCUUUCACUAAUAUGAUUGAUUAUAUGGUUAGUGGAGGAGCUAGUGCAUCUCAAAAGGCAGAAGGGUUUGUACCUCAAAUGGAUUCUUCAAAUAUUGCACAGAUGGAAGCAGCUUAUGCUGAUCAACAGAAAAUGGAGGCAAUGACAAAGCAGUUUGAUGCUAUGAGCAUGCCUCAACAAGUAAUGCCACAAGCCCCUGCUCCUCAAGAACAUAUAAGCCAGCCAAAUAUCGAUCAAAUGAAUAAUUUAUGGAACAAUCCAGUAGAAACAAAUAAACAUGCAGAUAUAGAAGCUAUCGAGCAUAAAUUCUCUAACAUGCCUGUUCAUGCUCAGAAUUUCACAGGACUUCCAGGAAUGAUGGGACCGAUGAUGUAUCCCCCGAUGGGUAUGGGACCUCAGACAAUGGCUCCAACAACACAGCAGCCCACUGAGGAGAUUAAGGUAGAAGAAGUCCCAGAAGUAGUUAAAGUAGAUGACCAGAUGCUUAAAGAUGAUAUGAAAGAGAGUACAGCAUAUCUAAUCAACAAGCUUAGCCAAGUCCCCAGCGAGAAAAUGCAAAAUAGCCAGUUUUUAGGUUUCCUUAAGCAGAUGAACUCAGGUGCAUUAGAAGUCGACGAAAAUGGAUUGAAGGAAAACCCACAGAAAAUGAAAGAAUUUGAAGAUGCAGCACUCAAGAAAGCCAGGAUGGAUGCUGAGUGGUAUAAAGACCCUAUAGACGGAAAUUUGGAAGAAACCAAAGAAAACCAAAAAUUCUAUGGAGAAGAAGGAAUCAUUAAAGAGAAAGACCCCUUCACAAACUUUGAUCCUCAUGAGUUCUUUAAAGAUAGCUGGAAUGCAGAUGAACUAAAGGAGGAUGAACUUCAAAAAAUGAUGGCCAAUUGGAAAGCCCAAGCAAUGAAGAGUCAAGAUUUCUAUGAAGAAACCCUAACACAGCCUCCAACUGAGACAGUGAUCCAAGUCCCUAAGGUUGAUCAUUUCAAAUUUGAGGAAGAUAAUCCAUAUUCCAAUGUUGAAGACGCAUAUACAUUAGCUUGUCAGCUAAAUGAAGAGCUAAAGGUGCAUGAUGCAAUUUUAGCACUUAAAGCUCAUCUCACUAAAGAGCCUGAGCAUGCUCCAAGCUGGAGGAUGCUUGGUCAACUGUAUCAAGAGAAUGAUGAGGAUGAUAAGGCUAUUGCUUAUCUCCUGAAGGCUUAUGAGCUUGAUCCUUAUGACUGAGAAUCUUUGUUAUAUCUAGGAGUAUCCUGUACAAAUGAAUUAAAUCCAAAAGUUGCAAUGAAUCACCUCCUUGAUUGGUUGAGAUAUCACCUCGAUUACAGUGACUUGCCAAUCCCUCAAGAACAUAUUGAGGAUCAAGAUUUGUUGAGAGAUGAGCUGAGAGGGCUUUUAAAUCAAGCUCUUGCUAAAAACCCUAACGAUGUUGAUGUUCUCAUCUGUCUUGGAGUGGUUGAGUUUGGAGAGAGGAAUUAUAGAGGAGCCGCUGAAUACUUUGGUCAAGCCGUCGAAAGAGAACCAAAUAAUUACAAUUACUGCAAUAAGUUAGGAGCUGCACUAGCAAACCAUCUCAGAACUGAUGAUGCCCUACAAAUGUAUGACAGAGCAUUGGCGUUGAGACCUAACUUAGUGAGAACUUGGGCUAACGUAGGAGUAGCUUAUUGAAAUCGAGAUAGAUUUGAUGAAGCUGCUGGAAAAUUCAUGAAUGCUAUUGCUCUUAAUCCAGAUGCUGAGCAUUUAUGGAAGCACCUUCAUGCUUGCUUCUGGGCUACAAAGGAAUUCGAAAAAUGAGAGCAAGUGAAAAAGAGAAAUAUUGAAUACUUCCGUGGGGAAUACGACAUUAUUAACCCAGAAAUGCUUCAAAGAAGUGAACUAUAA